CAGCUGGCACAGAACCAAUAACCUAGCUAGCUACUCCAGCCGCCAUGGACAUGGAGACCUCCCCUCACCUAAAGCUUGUCUGGCUCGCCCUCCUCCUCCUAGCCUCGUCUCCCGGUCCCGGGGCCAUGGCGGCACCACCCCCACGCCUCCUAGAAGAACAGGCAGGAGCCCUCCUCGCCUGGAAAGCCACCAUAGAGAGCCCCCCGGCCCAGCUGCGGUCCUGGGGAAACACCACAACACGGCCAUGCGGCUGGUAUGGCAUCAGGUGUGGCGAGCAUCAAGCAAGCAUCACCGAGAUCACUCUAAGGGGGUUGCGACUGAGAUCGGAGCUGGACGCCCUCAACUUCACGGUGUUGCAUACUCUCACGAGCAUCCGACUACCCUACAAUCAGAUAAGGGGCCCCUUUCCACCCGCUUUAGCAUCAUCCUUGCCAAACCUGCGGCACCUGCUGCUCCAGGGGAAUGAACUCUCCGGUGAAAUACCCACGCAAAUAAAACAACUAGAGAGUCUCGUUGGAUUGGACUUGUCAAACAACCACUUGUCUGGUCCUAUACCCACUGAACUAGGUUACCUAAAGAAGCUCACCAGGUUAGAUUUUUCCACCAACAACCUCACGGGUUCCGUUCCAACAAGCCUAGGGAAUUGCACUAGGCUCACUAUCUUGUACCUUGAUGGUAAUCAGUUAUCCGGAUACCUUCCUCGAGAACUAGGUUACAUGGUGAAACUACAUGAGUUAGCACUUAGCAACAACAAUCUCAUGGGUUCCAUCCCCGAUACCUUUGGGAGUUUGAUUAACCUCACCGGAUUGUACCUAUGGGAUAACCAACUAUCUGGACAUGUUCCUCGACAACUUAGUUCCUUGGUGAAUCUGAAAGACUUGGAACUUUCCAAAAACAGAAUCACGGGUUCUAUCCCACGUUCCUUUGGAAAUUUCACAAAGCUCACUACAUUGUAUCUCCAUGGUAAUCAAUUCUCUGGACAUGCUCCUCGAGAACUAGGUUCCCUUGUGAAUUUGCAAGUGUUGUCGCUUCACAACAACCAAUUAACCGGUUCCAUCCCCAACACCUUUGGAAAUAUGACCAAUCUCACUACCUUGUACUUACAUGAUAACCAAUUCUCCGGGCAUAUUCCACAAGAACUAGGUUCCCUAGUAAAUCUAGAAUUGUUUGCUCUUAGCAACAACACACUCACGGGAUCCAUCCCCAAUACCUUUGUAAAUUUGACCAAUCUCACUACCUUGUACCUAUAUGAUAACCAACUCUCUGGACUUGUUCCUCGAGAACUAGGUUCCUUGCUGAAUUUCAAACACCUGUUGCUUCAAAACAACCAACUCACGGGCUCCAUCCCCGAUACCUUUGGAAAUUUGAACAAGCUCACUACCUUGUACCUUCACCGUAACUUACUCUCCGGAGAUGUUCCUCAAGAAUUAGGUUCCCUAGUGAACCUAGAAGACUUGACACUUCACAGAAACAAACUAUUGGGUUCCAUCCCCAAUACCUUUGGAAAUUUGACCAGGCUCACUACCUUGUACCUAUAUGAUAACCAACUUUCCGGGCAUGUUCCCCGAGAACUAGGGUCCUUGGUGAAUCUAGAAGAUUUGGAACUUCACAAAAACAAACUCUUGGGUUCCAUCCCCGAUGCCUUGGGAAACUUGACCAAGCUCACUACCUUGAACCUAGGGCAAAACCAACUUUCAGGGGGCAUUCCUCGAGAACUCGGUUACUUGGUGAAUCUAGAAGACCUGGAACUUGACAAAAACAAACUCAAGGGUUCCAUCCCCAAUACCUUUGGAAAUAUGACCAAGCUCAAUACCUUAUACCUUGAUGAUAAUCAAUUCUCCGGACAUGUUCCACAAGAAAUUGGUACCUUAAUGGAUCUCCAAUAUGUACAACUUGAUAGUAACAAUCUCUCUGGUCAAUUGCCACCUAACUUGUGUGUUGGCGGCAUGCUCAAGACAUUAACCGCAUUUGACAACAAUCUCAAUGGCCCUUUGCCAUCAAGUUUGGUAAACUGCAGAAGCCUUGUCCGUGUUCGUCUUGAAAGGAACCAAAUAGAAGGAGAUAUUUCUGAGAUGGGGGUCUAUCCAAACCUUGUCUACAUAGAUAUGAGCUCAAACAAUUUAUUUGGUCAGUUAUCUUAUCACUGGGGGGGUUGCCAUAAUCUUCAGAUGCUAAGAAUCUCAAACAACAACCUUACAGGGGAAAUACCCACAAGUAUGGGGCAACUAUCUCAACUAGGGUUACUUGACCUUUCAUCAAACAAGCUUGAAGGAGUGCUCCCAAGUGCACUAGGCAAUCUAAAAAAAUUGUUCAACUUGAGCCUCGCGGACAAUUUUUUCCACGGAAGCAUUCCACAAGAAAUCGGAGCACUAUCAAGUCUGGAGUUACUGGAUUUGUCACCAAAUAACCUAAAUGGUUCGGUACAAGAUUCAGUUGAGCAUUGUUUGAAGCUUCGCCUUUUGAAGUUGAAUCACAAUAACUUCGUAGGAAACAUCCAUGCCGAGCUAGGCUUAUUGGGCAAUUUACAUGAACUGGAUUUAAGUGAAAAUUCAUUUAUUGGGGCAAUACCUGGCCAACUUAGUGGUUUGAUCAUGCUAGAUACUCUGAAUCUUUCACACAACGAACUAAAUGGUUCCAUCCCAUCAUCAUUUCAGAAUAUGGAAAGCUUGACAUCCAUUGAUGUAUCUUAUAAUGAAUUGGAAGGGCCGGUCCCGGAGAGUAAGGUCUUCCAACGAUCUCCAAACCAGUGGUUCAAGCAUAAUAAGAUGCUAUGUGGUGUGGUGAAUGGAUUACCCCCUUGUAAUAGUGUAACUCAGAGCAAAGGCAAGAGGAAAGGAUACAAAAUACUUGUACUAGCCACUGUUCUACCUUUCAUAUGUCUUGUCCUUAUUGUGCUGAUAUUGAUGUUUCGGCAUAAAAGAAACAAAAUCAGGGCAACUGGCAACGAUAAAGUAACACAAGCAAAAGUAUUCUCUAUUUGGAGUUUUGACGGGGCAAAUGUGUUCAAGCAAAUCGUUGAAGCAACCAAUGAUUUUAGCGAGAUGCAUUGCAUAGGAACUGGGGGAUAUGGAUCUGUCUACAAAGCUGGACUUGCAACAUGCGAAAUAUUUGCAGUGAAGAAGAUACACAUGAUAGAAGACGAGUGUUCUGUGAACGAGCUAUUGUUCAAUCGUGAAAUCAGGGCAUUGGUGCAGAUUCGUCAUCGAAACAUUGUAAGGCUACAUGGGUAUUGUUCCUCUAGCCAAGGCAGGUUUCUUAUAUAUGAAUAUAUGGAGAGAGGAGACUUGGCAAAAACACUGAAGGACAAUGAAAGGGCGAUUGAGUUAGAUUGGAGAAGGCGGAUACAUAUUGUGUUGGAAGUGGUUCAUGCUUUGGCAUACAUGCAUCAUGAUUGUUCUUCACCAAUAGUCCAUAGAGAUAUAACAAGCAACAACAUAUUGCUUGAUCUAGAAUUCCGAGCUUGCAUCUCUGACUUCGGUACGGCUAAAAUUCUCAAUAUUUGUGGCCAGAAUUUCACAAAGCUUGCUGGAACAAAAGGCUAUCUUGCCCCAGAGCUAGCAUAUACAGAAAAUGUGACGGAAAAAUGUGAUGUAUACAGCUUGGGAGUGCUUGUUUUGGAGCUAUUUAUGGGAUCUCAUCCAGGCGAUCUGCUCUCGUCCCUAUCAUUGGCCAUCAAGAACAAUGUUGUGCGCCUGCACGAUCUGCUGGACACCAGGCUCGUGCUGCCGGAUGCUGAGACCGCUAGAGAAAUAUACCGCAUGCUCAGCGUUGCAGUUCGGUGUCUGGAGCCGAGUCCAUCCCGCAGGCCAACGGCAAGACGCGACGAGCUAUCUACAAGUAAAUCUUGUGAAGAUCAUGUUGAUUAUUUGCACACCGGCAUUACCUUUCCUGCGAUGUAGCUCCUGUGGCUAUGCUUUCUGCUCAGCUACCUACCUAGCUACUUGGUUAAAAAGUGUGGUUUUCUCUGUAACUGAUAAGAAAGGUAACAUCUGAUGGUGUGUAUGGAUUAUGGAACAAGAAAAAAUGUGCUACUAUUGUAUCAUUAUAAACCACUUUAAUUUGGUGUA